UAACGACUACUUAUUGCUUACAGUUCACAUGGGCCUCUGAAUGCAUGUGUUGACAUUGACAAGGUGUCUGUUUUGACCACAGUCCAAGGCCAAGUUCAGCCAUAUAAUCAGGAUUGUUUGUGUAUAUUCUGUCUGGGACUUUGAAAGUGCUGUCUUACCAACCUAUUCAACUUCAUACAGGAAAGACAAUAUGAGUGAACAGCUGCAACCCGAAGACUAGAGGCACUGUCCCCCUAAAAUGAACUGUUGACUGAAAUCAGUUGGACCACAUAUUGGUUGCCAUGGGCACCACACUGAGUGAGCCUUGCAUCUACGACAAGCUGUCUGAGAGCAUCGAUAUUCUCCGCCAGUCGGGGUAUCGCUAUGGCAUGUCAGAGAGGGAGAUCGAGAAGUUUAUCAAACAAGUCUUGGAGACCAACGAGCCUCGAAGAGACCCACCACAAUUCCCCAUCCUUCGAGCCACCAUCAAGGUAAGAUGCACACACACACUCAUGUAAGAUCAUACACAGGGAUUGUCUAAAAGGCACUCGCCCAUCGGGCAAGUCAGGAGUAUUUUUGGGUUGCCCAAAGAUUAUGAUCACUUGCAGAAAAAUCUUAGAUGGCUAUUUUCACCUACAAGGGAGGAACCAGGAAGAAGAGACUACUGGAAUUAUUUGCAUUUUGUUUGUUAUCAAUAAAACAAAAUCACCUGCCCAAUGGAGAAACCACAGAGCAGGCUCAACUUCUGCGAUUGCUCUGGUCACUUGCCCUGGGCAAUAAGGCAACCCUUAAUGUCAAUCCCUGCAUUGAUGAACCAUCCUCUCACUAGUUCCUCUUCUCUCCAUCCUGUAGUUUGUUGUAGCAGUAGGCUUUCUGUUGGUGGUGGUGCUGGCCUUCACCUACCCCCAGACUCGGCCCCAGCUAGGUGUGACGUACACAGGGGGACAUAACUGGUCCUCCCCCCUCAGCCACAUCAGACUGCUGACUCUGCCCAUUGCCAAGAAAUACAACCUGCAAGGUACAGUAACAGGGGAAAACACUAUUUUAGACACUAUCCCUAGUUGUUCACUAUAGACAAUGGGUCUUUGUUCCUAGCCAGUGUGUGUAACAGCAGUUUCCCUACUGUCUCUCUCCUAUAGGUUUCCAUGAGUGGUGGAGUGCAGGGGCUCUGCGACAGGGCCUGGUCAACUGUUCUGGCUGUGCUGAGGUAUCCUCUGUGCUGGAGGUCCCUGAGACCCUCAGAGAGUCUGCAGUCAUGCGCAGAGGACCACAGCCUGUGCUGGUCAAGGUAUGACCACCACUAACAAUAGAGAAAGAGAAAGACACUCAUUGAAGUUUAGACUGAAAAACAACAAUUUCCCUGAAAGUGAGGGUCCAGUUUGCUCAUCGUUUACAGAUCCACCACAGAAUGAUCUUUAUUGAGCUAGUUCAUUUAGCUAAUAUCAGCAGUUAGUCUUGUCUGUGGCUGUGCCUGACAUAUGUCCUCUGUCUCUGUGUAGGGUGGGGAGUCUCUGUGUCUGCAGAGGCAGCAGCUAGAGGAGCUCUAUUCAGCCCACUCCAGCUCCAUGAGUAUACUACUGGAGGAAGACAACCUACUGUCACAUGAUGAGGGUUUUCCACAGGGCCCUGCAAACUUUACCCUGCUCUGGUACAUUUACAUUACAUUUGACGUUUUAGUCAUUUAGCAGACGCUCAUCAGGGUGGGAAAUUAGGGUAAAAAUAUCACCAGCCACGUUGGCGGCUGGUCACACACAGCUUUUGGGAACAGUUUUUUUCAAACCAAAGCCCAAAUGUAGAAGUUGGUCAAAUUGACCUGAAAGGCUACUAAAGUGUGGCUUUGUCCUCGUGUUUCUUGGCUAGUUGUUCACACGCUAGGUUGUUUUUCAAUAUUCAUUUGAGUUUGCUGCAACUGUCUGACACAGAGAUUCUCAAUCUCAUCUCUGACAGACACUGAGUGCUGUUACCACAGUAAUUCUCAAGCAAGCAGCUGAACAUUUUUGUGUCACCUAAUGACUCAAAUAUUUGGGGGUACAUUGUGCUUGAUUGAGCGUGGAACACUGCAAAUACCUUUUUAUUCAUAAACGUUUAGUCAUGUCUUAUCAUUAAAACACUCACAUAAUUUAAUUGUGCUCCUGAAUUUAUUUGUGUGCUCAUAAAUAUCAACUUAUGUACUCCUUGUAAAAACAUUCAGCGUUAGAGCCCUGAACUAAUGUAUUAAAAAUAAAAUAUUUACAGUAUUCAGACCCUUUGCUAUGAGACUAAACAUUGACCUCCGGAGCAUCCUGUUUCCAUUGAUCAUCCUUGAGCUGUUUCGACAACUUGAUUUGAGUCCACCUGUGGAAAAUUCAAUUGAUUGGACAUGAUUUGGAAAGGCAAACACACCUGUCUAUAUAAGGUCCCACAGUUGACAGUGCAAGUGAGAGCAAAAACCAAACUUUGAGGUCGAAGGAAUUGUCCGUAGAGCUCCGAGACAGGAUUGUGUCGAGGCACAGAUCUGGGGAAGGGUGCCAAAACAUUUCUGCAGAAUUGAAGGUCCCCAAGAACACAGUUGUCUCCAACAUUCUUAAAUUGAAGAAGUUUGGAACCACCAAGACUUCCUAGAGCUGGCCGCCCGGCCAAACUGAACAAUCGGGGGAGAAGGGCCUUGGUCAGUUCCUCUGUGGCCAGACAGAAGCCACUCCUCAAUAAAAGGCACAUGACAGCCCACUUGGAGUUUGCCAAAAGGCACCUAAAGGACUCUCAGACCAUGAGAAACAAGAUUCUCUGGUCUGAUGAAACCAAGAUUGAACUCUUUGGCCUGAAUGCCAAGCAUCACGUCUGGAGGAAACCUGGCACCAUCCCUACGUUGAAGCAUGGGGGUGGCAGCAUCAUACUGUGGGGAUGUUGUUCAGCAGCAGGGACUGGGAGACUAGUCAGGAUCGAGGAAAAGAUGAACGGAGCAAAGUACAGAGAGGUCCUUGAUGAAAAUCUGCUCCAGAGCGCUCAGGACCUCAGACUGGGGUGAAGGUUCACCUUCCAACAGGACAACGACCCUAAGCACACAGCCAAGACAACGCAGGAGUGGCUUCGGCACAAGAAUGUCCUUGAGUGGCCCAGCUAGAGCCCGGACUUGAACCAGAUCAAACAUCUGAAAAUAGCUGUGCAUUAACGCUCCCCAUCCAACCUGACAGAGCUUGAGAGGAUCUGCAGAGAAGAAUGGUAGAAACUCCCCCAAAUACAGUUGUCCCAAGCUUGUGGCGUCAUACCCAAAAAUACUUGAGGCUGUAAUCGCUGCCAAAGGUGCUUCAACAAAGUACUGAGUAAUGGGUCUGAGUACUUGUGUAAAUGUGAUAUUUCCGUUUUUUAUUUUUUUUAAAUUUGCUUUGUCAUUAUGGGGUAUUGUGUGUAGAUUGAUGAGGGGAAAAUACAAUUGAAUCCAUUUUAAAAUAAGGCUGUAACAUAACAAAAUGUGGAAAAGGUCAAGGGGUCUGAAUACUUUCUGAAUGCACUGUAAUGAGCAUGACUUGGUAAUUUAGAAAACAGGUCUCAAGGAAGGAAGAAAACAAGGACGCAUUUUUGUCUGUUAUUGUCAUCUGACUACAUCCCCUCCUCUCGCCUCCCCACCUCCUCCACCCUCCAUUCCCUAGGAGGUUUGCAUCUGGGGCCAGAGAGAAGGUGUUGAGGUGGCUGUUCCCCAAAGCUGAGCUAUGCCCCCUACUGGACAGCGCUGGAACAACACUGCAGCGUUGCCUGGUCACGCAUAGUGCCAACUCUCAGAGCAGAGUGAGUCUGGCCUCUAACACAGCCCAAAUAUACAAACAAGCCUGUUUGUUGUUAUGGUUUUGGGUGUGAUUCAGCAGUGUGUUGUUAGUGGUAUUGUGUGUGUUUUAGGGGGUGCGAGUGCUGGGCUGGCUGGUGGUAGGAGAGGGGCUACCCACGGUUCGAGUGGUCCCUGUCCACCGCUGUCAAAAACACUGUAGCUCCUUCAACCUCUGGCUGGGACCAGGAGAUAUGGGUGAGAACGAACACACACACUCGCACGUAUGCUAGUAUACUGUGUAAGUAUACUGUGAUUAUUAUUUGAAUCAGAUGUGUUUGUGCUAGGCUGUAACAAAAGCUUGAUUUUAGACCUAUACAAGUUUGCAUUUAGUUUGACCUGAUUGUGACCUUUGUACUUUGAUCCUGCCAGUGUAUGCUGACCCGCGCUACUGGCAGAUGGAGCUGUUCCCCGGCCGAGACCAGAACAUUGUUUGUGACGGCUCAGCUUUCUGAGGGAGGAGAGAAACAACUGAACGAGACAGAAUUGGAGGAAGAGGGAGAGAGUAAAGGGGAGGAGGAUGGAGGGUUUGGACUUGCCAUCCAGAACUCUUAAACCCUCACCCCAGUCCAGACUUCAUCCUACUUGCUGAGAAUAUAUCCCUUCCUGUGAUUGGACCUUUUAACUGUCCAUUGCAGGCUAGUCUCGCCCUCCUCUAGGUCUGGUAAAGUACACUUUCCACAGGCACAAAAGAGACUGAAGAGAUUCCCCUAAUACUACAAGCAUCCCUAGCCCCUACCGUUCUCUUGCCUAAUACCAAACCAAUCCCUAACCCUUACCCCUCUCUGGCCUAAUACCAAACUCAUCUCUAGCCCCUACCUGUGCCUCUUCGUUGAUAUCCCGUCACAGAUCUGCGACAACUGGAUGGUUAUAAGCAGGGAGGGACCACUCUCAGGCUGGGAGGUGUGUGUCGGUGAGGAAAAGGCUGGAACGUUCUCCCACUCUUGACUGUUCGCCUCACAGAUCAAGAGGUGUGUAUCAAGCCCAAAGAGGAGAAAUGGAGAGAGUGACUGAUCAAAUUUUUUUGGAACAUCAGAAGGCCUUUGCCUCUAUGCUGUGUUCAGUUGGAAUGUUCAAGAUGUUUUCGGUUAUGUAUUUUAGUUGUGAUCAAAUCACACUGGUACAAUAGGACAGUUUUGUGAUGCUGCCCUCCCUCAUCUACUCACUCUUAAACUGGCCUGUAUUCAUCAUCUAAGUUCAAAAUGUCGCUGCUAGUGUAACAAUGACAGUUGGUUAGGAGGAUGUAUAAAAUUGAUUUAUACAUUUAAGGUGAAUUGCUUUUGAUAACUGAAAGUGCAGAUAUUGUAUUUUAAUAUAUAGUUGACGGUAAGUGCUUGUGCCAUAAUUUUAACAGGAGUUAAAUGCUGUUUGUUAAUGUUCUUUUCACUGACUGUUUUGUCUAUGCUUUUUUCCCUGUCGUCCAGUCGCCCGUGUAAGCACUUUAACUAUCCAGAACUUGUUGACGAUGUCACAGUGUUUGAUGUUGUGUCACACUGUCGAUGUUCUGAGAUUUUAUCCAGUUCUAUUGCUCAACAUAGUCAUGUCAACAUAAUAUUUAUGCAGUUUUAAUCUCUCAGAAUUCACAAUUUUACACAUCUUCAGGUUAUGACCUUGUUGUUAAGCUAUACAUUGUCACCAUUUAAGUUAAUCUGUUUUUAGACUUCCCUGUCACUUUGGUUUUCUGAAUGCAUCAAUAACAACGUGAUUAUGUACUGGUAACUGCCAAAAUAA